AUGAAUUCACUCAGUGAAGCAAACAGCUUUGCAUAUGAUCUGUUCCAACAAUUCAAACUAUCAAAGAAGGAAAAUAUCUUCUACUCCCCACAUAGUGUCACAUGAGCCAUAGCCGUGACUUACCUGGGGUCCCAGGAACACGGUGCAUCAGAAAUUCAGAAGGUCCUUCACUUUGAUGAGGUCACAAAGAACACACAAGGAACAGCUAUGACAGUUCAUGUUGGAAAGUCAGGAAAUGUGCAUCAUCAUUUUCAAAAGCUUCUGGCUGAACUGAAUAAACCCACCAAUGCCUAUGAGCUGAAUGUCGCCAACAGGAGACAUUUCCUCUAUGGAGAAAAGAAUUUUCCAGUUCUUUAGGAAUACAUGUAUAAUGUUAACAAAUUUUACCUCGCCAGUGUGGAAUCUGCUGAUUUUGUAAAUGCUGCAGAAGAAAGCCGGAGGAUGAUUAAUUCCUGGGCGGGAAGCCAAACGAAUAAAAAAAUCGAGAAUCCCGUUCCCAAAGACUCUCUCAGCCCUGCCACCAUCCUUGUUCUGGUGAAUGCGACCUAUUUCUAAGGGCAAGUGAGACAAAAAAAAAUUGAUCGAAAAGAAACUAAACAGCUUGAAGAUAAACCCACCCCUGAGAAAUUAAUAGUGGGCGAGCUCGCAGACUACGAGCAAGAGAGAUGUGGGUUUGUACUUGGUUCAAGGAGAAAGAGAGCUAUGCCCUCAAGGCCACAAUGA